GUGGUGUCCGCUCGCCCCGUACCAUUCAUCUACUCCCGUGAGAUCUGCCCUCCUAUAUAAUUUUCACUUCACAGAACGGGAAACCGAGGUUCCAGCUGCUGGCAGGGGCAGGACCGGACACCACUUGAACUAAAACGCUGCGCACUUAAUCACUGUCCUCCUAAACGCUUUUUGAGGCCUUGGAUGUACCAGGCACUGGGGAGGCUCGCCCCAGAGCGCCUGGGCUUUGGUGAUGGGUUGCAGGGUUGCCUGGCUAAGGUCAUACUAGAGCGGACAGCGUGCCAGGGUCUGUCACUUCAGUCCUUACUGCACGUGCAGCAUGUGAACUGCACAGUAAAGAGUUGCUGUUAGUACAAUGGAAUGAGAGGGAGAAAAAAGACCUUCGGGGAGGAUGCCUGCCAAGUGCCAGGACGGAGCUCAGCUAGAGGUACAAGGAAGAGUAGAAGGAAAACCCAAGCUGACCUGACAGUCCACUACAGAACAAGGUGUUUCCAAACAGGACAUUCGUGAGCAGAUCUGGGACUACAUGGAAUCACAGGAUAUAGCUGACUUUCCUCGACCUGUUCAUCACAGGAUUCCCAACUUCAAGGGCUCUUAUCUGGCUUGCCAAAACAUCAAAGACCUAGAAGUUUUUGCCAGAACGCAGGAAGUCAAAGUGGACCCCGAUAAACCACUGGAAGGUGUGCGGCUGUUGGCUCUGCAGAGCAAAAAAACACUGUUGGUUCCAACUCCACGGCUGAGAACAGGGUUAUUUAAUAGGAUCACACCACCCCCUGGGGCAACUAAAGACAUCCUGCGGAAAUGCGCCACCUCUCAGGGCGUGAGGAACUACAGCGUACCCGUGGGCUUGGACUCCCGGGUCCGUGUGGACUUAGUCGUGGUGGGGUCUGUCGCCGUUUCUGAAAAAGGCUGGAGGAUUGGCAAGGGAGAAGGCUAUGCUGAUCUUGAAUAUGCCCUGAUGGCAUCGAUGGGAGCAGUCAGCUCGGGAACGCCAGUGGUCACGAUCGUCCACGACUGCCAGAUCGUCGACAUACCCGAAGUGCUCCUCGAGGGUCACGACCUCACAGUGGACUAUAUCCUCACUCCAACAAGAGUCAUCACCACAGGGUGCGCGCGCCCCAGACCAGCAGGAGUCCUGUGGUCCAAGAUCAGCUGUGAGAUGAUGGGGAAAAUUCCCAUACUCAGAAGCCUCCGCUCCCGAGAGAAGCAGGCUGGGAAAGACGUCACCCUUCAGGAUGAGCACCAGCAUGCGCUAGAAACCCGCAGCCCACACACAGCUCCCCCAAGCGCUGUCAGAAGACCCUGCAACCCACCGCAGCUGGAGGUGGGGGAGGACGUGCCUUCCAACUCUGUUUACGUUGGGAACCUCCCCGGGGACGCCCGAGCGAGUGAGCUGAAGAGAGCCCUCCGGGAGCGCGACGCGGCCCCACCGCGCCUCACCUGGCAGGGGCCACAGCGCAGGGCCUUCCUCCACUACCGGGACCCAGCUGAGGCCCAGAGGGCUGUCUCCUGUCUGCAGGGCUUACACCUGGGUGCCAGCACCUUGAGAGUGGCGCUGGCCAGGCAGCCGAGGACCCGUGACAUGACCGGUGGCCGUGCUGGAGAGCCACACCCUGUUUCCCGACCAUCUGACCUGUAACACGUGGAACUUCAGAGACCUACAUAGUGGGGUGCAGUGGGGCUCUUGGUGCAUGCGCUGCAUUGACAAAGUUCCGUUCUUUCUGGGAAGUCGUGGCCUUCAGGGCUGAGCUGGUGGUCUCCUGUUGAGAAGGGGAAAUGAGCCAGGGGUACGCUUGCUGCAUUUAGAAGGCGGAAGACUCAGUGUAUUCAGUUCUGGUUUAUCGUCCUUUAGCCUAGUCAACGUUCCAGCCAUGCUGGUUUCUCUGAAGAAGCGACACUUGAGAGUGUUUAGGGGACCAGUUGAGCAAUAGACAAGCGUGAGUAAAUGGGGACAGUGAUUUAAGAGAGUUUGUGUCUGGAUUUGGGGGCAGUAGGGGAUUAGAAGGGGGUGGACAGGGGGUCCUGCUAGGAGAGGUCCUGGCAGGCACCAGAGGCGGGAGCACAGCGGGGCAAACCGGAAACCGUGCUCGUGCCCCAGGCUCCUUGGCCUGGCGCUACCCAAGGGGACAGCUGUGUUCAGUUGGCAGAAGCCCGGCACGUCAGCCUCCUGGGUACAGACCACCUGUCUCCACCCAGUCCUGGCAUCAGGCAUGGAGAGCUUAUCUGACACGGCCCCUUGGUUGGGUGGUCGCACCCCGGCCCCUCCUCACCUGUCGAGCCUUUCUCCUCCCUCCAGGCCUCGCCGUGCACUCUGGGCCAGCUGCCCGGGCACACGGGGGCCUUGGGAGGGAGUCCUGCCAGCCUACACCACAGACAAAGUCCCGCUAGUGCCCCCACACUUCCAUUCGCCCGGUGCCUUACGUCUUCUCCUCCAGUUUCUUGUCCCUGAAAAACAAGCUGGAUUUUGGCUGAACUGUGCUUUCUAAACAGAAGCACUUUUGCAGUUGAUCCUGGGCAGAAAGUCAAAAUAAGCAUUUAAGUAGAUAUUUUAUUUUUCAAACGUGUAUGUAUAGGAAGUUUUAUUUUUCACCAGAGGGUCUCACGGAGUGUAUUUUAAGUAUGUUAUUAAGCCUCAAGAGUCCAGGCCUUGCACAAACUCUCAGGAAAAUCUUCUCAGGGCACUCCAUCCCCCUUGGGAAAAGCAUUUUCUUCCCGAUUGUGCAGUGAAGAUACUGUGGAGACUUCAGAAAGAAAGUCUAUCCUGUGCACCUUAAACAAAUAGAUGUCUCUGCACCAAAGGGGGCUUAUUCGGGAACAACAAAGAAUCACAGUGUGGGGCACAUGGUUUGACGAACCGUGUGAAAGUCUCCAAAACAAAGGAGGGAGCUGUUUUUCACGGGUUUCGGAGGGGCGCUGUAAACAAAGCCGAUUGGAGGGAACGGGAGUUUGAAAGUGUACCGGCUUUUUUCGUUUCUUCCCUUACCUUUUUUUCCCUCACCAAAGGAUAUGUUUUUAUUGAUUUUAGAGAGAAAGCUGGGGAGAGACAGAGAAGCGUAGAUUGGAUGCCUCCUAUACGUGCCCCAACUGGGGACCGAAUCCGCAACCUGGGUGUGUGUCCUGACUGGACCGGGAGGAUGCUCCAACCCGCUGAGCAGCUGGGCCACGGGGUCCCACCGGGGCUGGAGUGACUUUUCAUUGGCUGGGUUAUGUCGGCCUGCCACUGGCUGAGCUGUUACUCUUUUCUUCCUCCUCCUGAGGCAGUAAAGCAGAAUCAAGGCCUGUCAGAGAUGCAGACCAUCUUCCUGUUGGGGUGAUGCCUCGAGGGACCCAUGUCUGAGAGCUCUCCCUUCUAGCCUCUGGACCCCACUUCCAAAGAGGUUCCUGUUCAGCGAUUGUCACUGUCCUUAGGUUUGCUCAGUAAAUGCAGGCCCCGCCCUCUGCCAGCCAGUUUCUGACCACCCAUCCCAGAGCAGCAACCCAAUCAUCUCUCCCCCUCAGUCUGUUUUCCUUUGCUUUAGUUUUUUUUUUCCAUCCAGAAUACACCCUGGGUUUGGCAUGUU